AUAACCGGAGUCACAGGCUUCAUUGGCUUCAAGACUCUGCUUGUCGCCCUCGAAAGAGGAUAUGCCGUUCGCGCCGUUGUUCGAAAUGAGCAAAAUAUCUCAGACAUUGCCGAGAAAAGCUCACUAAUUUCCGAGAGCCACAAACGAGGAAUCCUAGACUUUGUCGUUAUUCCAGAUUUCUUGUCAAGCGACAACUGGUCUGUUGUUCUAGACGGCAUCACGAGCAUUAUCCACAUUGCAUCCCCUCUGGCACAUGAAGUAGGCGCUCCGAGCGAAGAUUAUGAAAGAGAUAUAAUAAGCCCUGCCAUUUCCAUGGUGACGAUAGUGUUGGAAGCAGCCGCCAAAAUCCUGUCCGUUCGAAGAGUUGUUAUCACUUCUUCCUGUGUCACCUUGAUCCCUUUCGAAUGGAACCUGAAUCCCGACAGCGAGAGACUAUACUCAGCAUCGGAUCUAAAUUCAAAUCCACAUAAGCCAUAUGGCAGUGCCAUGGAAGCAUACUGGGCUUCAAAAGCGUACUCAAGAAUUGCGACACGAGAAUUUGUUGAGAAAAAGAAGCCGCAUUUCGACUUUGUUCACUUGCUUCCCUCUGUCGUGUUUGGUCCGGACGAGCGAAUUCCCCCAAACGGCGCCGCAGAUGAACUUUUGAAGGAUAGCCGAGCUGCGGUUAUUGCCCCAGCAUUAGAUGGCUCCACGAAUUCACCAUUUCCGUUUGUCGGAGUGCCUGUUCAUGUUGCAGAUGUGGCGCGCGCCCAUGUUGACGCAGUAGACACCACUCGAAUUCCAGGGAAUACCGAAUACAUCCUCAGCUCUGACACCCCGGAUGGUAUUGUUUGGGAUAGAGACACGGCAGCAGUUGCGAGAAAAUAUUUCCCGGGGGAGGUGCAGAGUAAAGUACUACCACUUGAAGGUACACUGCCUUGUAUCAAGUUCCGACUUGACGGCGAUACCACCGAAAGGGCGUUUGGAUGGAAGUUUACUAGUUUUGAACAGACCAUGAGAGAGCUCCUCACACAGUAUGUGAAGCUCAAACAAAACGCCAUCAAUCAGUAG